GGGAAAUGCAUUUUGAACAUUUUAAUCUUUUUUAAUAUUUGAGGGGUGUGGGUAGUAAUUUAGGGGGUGUUGGUAGCAUUAUUGAAAAUGUAAUUAGUCCAAAUUUCUGAAAUCAUUUUCCUGUACUACCUUCAAGUAACCCUAAUCCCCAAAUUCAUGAACCCUAAAUUCAUCUCUAUCGUUUGAGUUUGUGAUUUCAAUCUCAUCUCUCUCGUUUCAGAUCGCGACUUUAAAGAAUCCUAAAUUUCAGUUCGCAAUUUAUAGAAGGAGAAGAUCAAGUAGCGAUUCAGUGGAUACUUGUUCCUUUUUUAUCGGGCUGAAAGAUUUGAAGACUUCUAAGAUGUUGGCCAUUGAUUCUACAAGAAAGAUAUCAUUUAAUCGAUCCAUUAGUAAUGGCGAUUUGGUUAUUGUUUAUGAAAGGCAUGACAAUAUGAAGGCUGUAACCGUGUCUGAGGGAUCAGUCCUGCAGAAUCGAUUUGGUGUUUUUAAACAUUCAGACUGGAUAGGAAAGUCAUUUGGAUCCAAAGUAUUCAGCAAUAAGGGUGGCUUUGUUUACUUGUUAGCUCCUACACCGGAAUUGUGGACUUUAGUUUUAAGUCACAGGACGCAGAUUCUAUAUAUUGCUGAUAUCAGCUUUGUCGUCAUGUACCUUGAAAUUGUUACCGGUUGCGUGGUUCUUGAAUCUGGUACUGGAAGUGGAUCUCUAACUACUUCACUUGCAAGGGCAGUAGCUCCUACAGGGCAUAUUUAUACAUUCGAUUUCCAUGAGCAAAGGGCUGGAUCGGCUAGGGAUGAUUUUGAGAGGACUGGUCUAAGCAGCUUUGUCAGUGUGGGAGUGAGGGACAUUCAGGGUGAGGGUUUUCCUCAAGAAUUUGCUGGCUUGGCUGAUGCAGUUUUUCUGGAUCUACCUCAGCCUUGGCUAGCUAUUCCUUCAGCAGCAAAAAUGUUAAAACAUGACGGCAUAUUGUGCUCGUUCUCGCCGUGUAUUGAACAAGUACAACGAUCAUGUGAAACAGUUCAAUCUAACUUCAGUGAUAUAAGGACUUUUGAGGUACUCCUACGGACAUACGAAGUUCGAGAAGAGAAAAUGGAAAGCUCACAGGUUAAUGGUAACGGCUCUAAUGGUUCACUUCCUUGCAAGAGAAGGCAGUGUUCAGGUGGAGCCGGUGUGCUUACUUAUCCUACUUCUUCUGUUAUGGCUAGACCAUGUGGUGAAGCUAGAGGUCACACGGGUUAUUUGACAUUUGCAAGACUUAAAUGACUGUCAUGAAGAUUGUUAUUGUUACCUUCCACAUUUUGUAGGAAAGAAAAAGCAACAGUUUUGUUUCUUCGUUUACAGCCAUGUUUAAAAAAAAAAUUGAACAUGCUCGAGUAUAAAUAUACUCUUCUGAUUAGUUUUCAUAAAUAUGUAUUUUUGUGCUCCUAUUAUUUUUUAGGAUUGAGAUCGUGAUGUGAUUCUAUCUCCAACAACAACCAUGUGUAAGAAGUCUUUUGUUUGCUAAA